AUGGCUGCCAAGACCACCUCAUGCUUCCCCUUCCUCAAGGAAGCGCUGGUCCUCCCCACGCGAAACCCCAAGCUCUUCGCCCCCAUCCUCAUCCUCCUGGCCAUCAUCGCCUUCCUUGUCCCCGCCGUCAACGUGGUCCUCAUCCAGCCGCUCACCGCCCAGAUGCUCCGCCACCUCACCGAGAUGCAGACCACCGACCCCUCAAGCGCCGAGUUUGCCAGGCUCCUGGAGGAGAUACGGCAGGAAGCCAGGGAGCUCGUCCUCAUCUCCGUCGGCCUGUUUUUCGUCACCCUGGCGCUGGUCUUCGCCAAGCAGAUCCUCGCCUUCUCCGCCGCCUCCACGACCUACUCCGGCGACCGCUACUCGCUCGCCGAGCUCCUCCGAAGGGUGACCAAGUGGGGUAAUCUGAGGGGCCCUCUCGUCACCGUGGGCGUGGUCACCGCGCUCCAGCUCACGUUCAUGGCGCUCCUGGGCGCCUACCUCUCCACCGUCAUGCGCCACGCGGAGGCGCUCUCCGUGCAAGGUGCGCUCUUCGCCCUCGCUUUCCUGGCCUUCAUGUACUUCGGGGUGGUGGCUGUGGUGGGUGUCGCCGUGUCGGUGGCCGACGAGGGGUGCCGCGGCGUGCGCGCGCUCCUGCGGGCGUGGCGGCUCAUGAUGCGGGUGAGCAGGAAGGAGGGCGCCCUGCUGGCGGCGGUGAUGCUCCUCCUGUCGACCGUUGUGAGCCCGGUGUACGCGCUGGCGCUCGUGUACGCCAAGAAGAGCAUGGCGGUGGGGCUGUGCCUGCUGUUCGGGUAUGCUCUCCUGUCUGCUGCGGUGGAGCUGUUCUACAUGGCGGCGGCCACGGUGUACUACUAUGAGGCCAUGGAGAGCAAGGAGGCGAUCCUGGCUUUUGAUGGCUACUAUGCCAAGAUACCUUCCGGUGAGGGUGAGGCAAAUGUCUGA